GUAGAAAAACGAACGAAAGCGGUGGUUCCCCGGGGUUGGGGCGGAGGUGUUUGAUCUAGAAGGGGAGGGGGAGGUCUGGGGAGGUUCGGGGGGGCUGGAAGGCCCGAGUGAUGGCCUGGGUGAUGUCGUCAGUCGGUUUGUUGUUGGCCGUUGGCACGUGGUGGUGGUGCUGCUGCUUGCUGCUUGCUGACGGUUUGUUGUUACUGCUGGCGGUCGUAGGUGAGGUAUUAAUGUGCUGGUGGAUUCUCCAAAGAGGAAGAGCAGUGAGGUGUAUGUCUUCGAGGGGGUGGAGGGAGGUCGGAGGAGGUCAAGGUCAGAGAGAGAGUCCUAGACUAGGUGCCGAUUGGCAUCGUGACUGGAUGGAUGUUGAAUGUAUCCGAGACCUCGCUCCCUCCAACUUCGCCGCAUGCAUGAUACGGACGGUAGCAGAAUUUUCCCCCAGUAUCUAGAGUUAAGUGAAUGCGCAGAUGCCGCCGGAAAGAAAGAAAGAGUGUGAAGGGUCCCGCAGCCCAACCAAUUGUGACGAUGAGUAAGUAAGUAAGUCUGGUACAGGUCAGAUUGGGGUAAGAAGUAUUUAGUGUUGAAGCUGUGUCGU